CACCUGCGGUAUAUGGCAUAUUCCAAUAUUAACGUUUUUGGCCCACCCUGCAAAUAUAUAAAGGGCAUCGGUAACCAUUUGAUCAUUCAUUCGAUAGAAAGCAGACUUCUCUUAUCCUACACGGGAUUUUACAGAAAGGCGAGCAGUGGUUGAAUAUAACGGAGGUCCCUUUUAAUUGGUGACACAUAAUGGAAAUUGUUAACUGGAAGUGUGUUUUCCUUAUGGUCACGACAUUGGUGUACAUCGUCUCUGCAGAUUACAAAGUCGUGUACAAAAAGAAAAAGUGCGAUAUUGAAGCGAAUGCUCCUGUUCCAAGGGGUUGUUUGAAGAGAGAAGGAGAAAAGGUCGGUAAACUCGAGGGAGGUAAAAUGAUUCUUUAUGGCAUCUGCCAGGAAGGAACAAAACCCGAAUGUGGCAAAAUGGUUGCCAAAAAGAAACAAACCAAAUGGAGAUCUCCUAAGAAAUCUUCCAAGAAACAGAAAUCUUUCGCCCAGAAAUAUCUUCCAUAUCAAGCAACAAAACCUAAAUCUAGCAAAAUGGUUGUCAUAAAGAAACAAACCAGAGUAGUGAGAUCUUCCAAAAAAUUUCCGAAGAAAUCUCCGAGGAAAUCUCCAAGGAAAUUUCCAAAGAAAUCUCCAAAGAAUCAGAAAUCUUUCAGUCUGGAAUAUAGUAUAUGCUACUGCAGGAGUUAUACGACUACAGAAAACCCAACUCAACAACCAACCACAUCCCCAACUAACCUGCCAACUGAGCCGCCAACGGCUACCCCAACUAACCUGCCAACUGAGCCGCCAACCGCAUCCCCAACUGAGCCGCCAACUGAGCCACCAAUUGAGUCAUCAGCUGAGUCGCCAACUGAGCCACCAAUUGAGUCAUCAGCUGAGUCGCCAACUGAGCCACCAAUUGAGUCAUCAGCUGAAUCGCCAACUGAGCCACCAAUUGAGUCAUCAGCUGAGUCGCCAACUGAGCCACCAAUUGAUUCAUCGGCUGAGUCGCCAUCUGAGCCACCAAUUGAGUCAUCGGCUGAUUCACCAACUGAGCCACCAACCGAGACCCCAACUGAGCUGCCAACUGAUCUGCCAACUGAUCCACCAACCAAGCCCUCAACUGAGCCACCAACCGAGCUCCCAAACGAGCCACCAACCGAGCCCCCAACUGAGCCACCAACCGAGCCCCCAACCGAGCUCCCAAACGAGCCACCAACCGAGCCCCCAACUGAGCCACCAACCGAGCCCCCAAACGAGCCACCAACCGAGCCCCCAACUGAGCCACCAACCGAGCCCCCAACCGAGCCCCCAACUGAGUCCCCAACUGAGCCUUCAACCGAGCCCCCAACCGAGCCACCAACUGAGCCACCAACCGAGCCGUCAACUGAGCCACCAACCGAGACCCCAACUGAGUCCCCAACUGAGCCUCCAACCGAGCCCCCAACCGAGCCACCAACUGAGCCACCAACCGAGACGUCAACUGAGCCACCAACCGAGACCCCAACUGAGCCAUCAGAUUUCAAUAUGCAAUGUACUAGCAAGCAUAAUGAGGUCCGUGACCUCCACCUAAGUACCGACCCACUGAGUUAUAACUCUGCAUUGGCUGCAACUGCACAAGCUUGGUCAGAUGACUUAGCUGCGAGACAUGCUUUCGAGCACAGUCAUGGAUCGAACACCGCAUUUAGGUAUCCGAAUUCCGGGGAGAAUCUGUACAAGUCGACAACUACCUCUACACCUCCAACUUUGGAAGAAGAAUGUGUAAUUGCUAUUCAAAAAUGGUACGACGAAAUCGAGUACUACAGUUAUCAGACGACGAAAACAACGGAUCCUUCAAAGCAAACGGGACAUUUCACACAAGUUGUUUGGAAAGCUACUACUGAAGUCGGGUGUGGGGUAACUCAAGUUCAAAGCGCUGAUGCCAGUCGAACAGAAACCUAUGUGGCAUGCCAAUAUCUUCCAAGUGGGAAUUUCAACUUAAAACUACCAACGGAUGAAAGUUUUGAAGCCUCGAGAUUAAGAAAUUGGGGAGAAAACGUUUUGCCUUUAAAAAGACGCUGAAGCUUCCGACGGCUUUUAUUGGCAGAAUCCAACAAUUUUUGCCUAGGUUAUUUUUCAAAGUUCAUGUAUAUGAUGUAAAUAAACAUAAUGUAUUGAAAUAUGGAAAUAAAAUAGGCCUUCAGAAAACAAAAAAA